AUGAGCCUUACCGUUGAGAAGAAGCUGGUGAUCAGUUCCGGGUCAACGACUUGCGUUCCCCUUCAGAAAGAAGUUGAUGGACUCGCAUUCGUUUGUCUUGAAAAAUGGAAUAGGAGCCUGGUCAAAGUUUUCACCGGCAGUGCACUUGAUCUCCGGCAGGGGAGGAGCAAAGGCUCCAUCGACACUCCGGUUUAUCAGAAGCUUGUUGAAGCUCGCCAGAACAAGGCCAACGAACUCCUGCAGGAGGCCAUCACCACCGAGCAGGAGGAGAAGAACGAUCAGGGGCCGAAAACUCGCAAAGUGAAGCCGGUACGAGCUACAUCCACACAUGCUCUCAUUCUUCCUACGAAACUCACAGUGGACAUAGAUGGGCACCAGUGCACAAUGCUACUCGAAGGGAUCGGCACCAUGACCAUUUGGCUCGAGUUUACGGAGGAUAACAUGAACUGGUUCAGGGAUCAGGUCUGUGGCGAAGAGACCAAGCCACGGAGGAAGAGGAAGGCGAGGGCAGCAGCACGUGGCGAGAACCCCGCCGACCAGGAAGAUGACGAAGAGGAGGAUGAGUGA